CAUGAAAAACGAGCAGCAUCACCGCGAACGAAAAUUCUCGAGCGCGAACACAAGACUGUAGAAUAGAAUCCAAACUUGCGCAAGAGGAAAAACAAGAAGCGUGAGAAGUUCAACUUGUUGAAAACCAGAGCAACAUAAAAGAGAAAGAAGAAAAGUAAACAAGAGAGAAAGUUGCAUAUUUCAAAAAUGGUGCUGUGGGAGAUAACACUCGGAACUGCGUAUUUCUUGGGGCUCAAACGAACUUACAAGCUUGCUCUCAGGAUUCAACGGAAACUCGUAAGCCCUAAGUACCCGAAAACCCGUCAAUUUCUUCACAGACGAACGCGAGCUGUAUUUGAUGUAGCAGUCAAGGUUCAUCGGAGCAUUCAAGCAAGAGACAUAGAAGUGGGUAGGAAUAUUGGAAACUUCAUUUUGCGAUGUCUAGAUCGAAUAAAGCCCUCAGCUCGAAUUCGCGGUCCUUCUCAACCGUCCAUUAAUGGUGGUAACUCGAAAGAAAGUAUGACAAAGCCUACAGCAGGCGCUUCCAACCACAAGCCUCCUAGUCAUUCUGUACCAUUCAAGAAGGACUCUGAUAGGCACUUGUUUACUGCAUUAACGCCAAAGCCUUUUCCUAGCAUUUCAAGGAUGAUGAUACCGCCAAAUCCUGCUGGGACCACCAUCCAUGGCAGGUUCCUCAGUACCUAUACCUCUGACGUCUUUAGACAAAAUUACAAAGUGAAUUGGUCAGGAAGUGUUAUCAGGAAGGACAUCAUGCAAUGGAUGCUGCAGAACUAACUGUUCAAUAUUCAUACUUUACCGAUAGCUUCCUCUGUUUAAACAGUUUUUAAUCUCAACAAUACAAGGUGGUUGAAUAAUGUUUGUAGCUGGUGUUGGAAAUUGAUGGUGAUAGAAGUUUUGCUCUCGCCUCUUGGACAUUGUAUAGCCUGUUAAGCUUCCUUUUGGAUAACGGGUAGUUAUGCUAUUUUUUUCAUUCUUCAGUUUUGGUUAAAGGAACUAGUUGUUAAUAACUUCAUAUAACAGUCAAUCUACCUGCAUGUAGAUUAAGUAAGAAUAGUGAAGAUUGUGAAUUUCUGUUA